AUGCUCUCGGCCCCGACCGUCUUCUCCAUGUCUUUCGUUGCUGAUGCCGGCGGGUACAUAACGGUGAGGUUCAUGAUAGGGUUCUGCCUGGCGACUUUUGUGUCAUGUCAGUACUGGAUGAGCACGAUGUUCAACGGUCAGAUCAUAGGUCUAGUGAACGGGACAGCGGCAGGUUGGGGGAACAUGGGCGGUGGGGUCACACAGCUGCUCAUGCCGUUGGUCUAUGAGAUCAUUCGACGGUCGGGAUCCACUUCCUUCACCGCGUGGAGGAUGGCUUUCUUCGUCCCCGGAUGGAUGCAUAUCAUCAUGGGGAUCUUGGUCUUGACUUUAGGACAAGAUCUCCCUGAUGGUAAUAGAAGUACACUUGAGAAGCAAGGUGUUGUUACUAAAGACAAGUUCUCAAAGGUUUUAUGGUACGCGAUUACAAACUAUAGGACAUGGGUUUUCGUGCUGUUAUAUGGAUACUCCAUGGGAGUUGAGCUCACAACCGAUAACGUCAUCGCCGAGUACUUUUUUGACAGGUUCCAUCUCAAGCUUCACACGGCCGGUAUAAUUGCGGCAAGCUUUGGUAUGGCAAACUUCUUUGCGCGUCCUAUUGGUGGCUGGGCCUCAGACAUAUCGGCUAGAUACUUUGGCAUGAGAGGCCGUCUUUGGACCCUAUGGCUCAUCCAAACACUAGGCGGUUGUUUCUGCGUAUGGCUAGGCCGAGCCUCGACGCUUCCAACCGCAGUUUUCUCCAUGAUCCUCUUCUCACUCGGGGCUCAAGCCGCUUGUGGAGCCACCUUCGCCAUCAUACCUUUCAUCUCACGCCGCUCCUUAGGAAUCAUCUCUGGAUUAACUGGAGCCGGAGGAAACUUUGGCUCUGGUCUGACUCAGUUAGUAUUCUUUUCGACUUCCACGUUCACGACGGAACAAGGACUGACGUGGAUGGGGGUGAUGAUUGUUGCCUGUACAUUACCUGUCACUUUAGUGCAUUUCCCACAAUGGGGAAGCAUGUUUUUGGCUUCCACGAGAGAUGAAGUGAAAUCUACGGAGGAGUAUUAUUACAUGAAAGAGUGGACGGAGAAUGAGAAGCAAAAGGGUAUGCAUGAAGGGAGUUUGAAAUUCGCCGUCAAUAGUAGGUCGGAGCGUGGACGGCAAGUGGCUUCUGCGCCGUCUCCUUCUGCGGAACACGUUUGA